AUGCACCCCAAGAUUGGCCGUACUCCGCGUGACACCAAGCCCGUCGUCGUAAGCCCUGCAUACGUCGACCCGGACACGGCCCGAGAGGCCCUGGAGGCGUACUACCGCGUUUCUGCGCACCAUCUGGACACUUUUCUGGUCAGAUGUCCUGAACAAAUGCAUACCAUACUGCACGAAGAUGCGUUCAAACUUGGUGUACUACCCGCAGAGCAUCUGAGGGCAAUGGAUCUAUACCUUACACAAGAGCGAUCUGAAGUGUGGCUACCCUGGACGAUCGACGGCAACAAGCUCAGCAAAGCUUUCACGCAACUCACUGAAGGCAUUCGCCGGAAGAAAUACUUCAAACUCAGUAUCACAUUCAUUCAAACCGAGAUCCGAUUGAAGCAAUGGGACUUGCUAUUCCGCAUCCUAGUUCCCCUUUGGACUGCUUUCGAAGCUGCAGGAGCGGAAGUGCAUCUAUACUGGCAUUAUACAAGGGCACUCGAGCAAACAGACAUGCUUAGAUGGGUGUUCAGUCUCGAUCACAUUGUUAGCGUGUGGACGCCCGAGUUGGAAUGGAAAAAGGAGAUUAUCGAGCAUAUAGAAAGGGAGGGGACCUUGUUUCCGAGGGAAGCCAAGCAUUUUCGGUGGGAAGAUCGAGAGGAAGAGGAAGACGAGUCUGGCUGA